CGAAAAUCAAAUUCGACUGCAAAAAUUUGUGCAAUCUUUCCACGACAAUGGCGAUCCUCUACACAAGGAUCGUAUUCCUUCUCUUUGUCUUCUUUCUAUCUUCUUCCGCAUUUGCCUCUUUUUCUCCGGCCGACGAGUACCUCGUCAACUGUGGUUCCGACGUUGACUCCACCGUCGAUAACCGUCGCUUCGUCGGCGACGCAUCGGCUUCGAAGGUGAAGUUCUUCUCAUCUGAAGGAUCAAUCGCUCUCAAAGGAGAAAACCUAGCUCUGAACGUUCCCCAAAUCUACAGAACCGCUAGGAUAUUCGCACAACAGGCGAAAUACAAGUUCAAUGUCCGCGAGCAAGGGACUCAUAUGGUACGUCUCCAUUUCAAUCGGCUCUAUUCCUCUAAAAUCGAUCUCAAUGACGCUCUAUUUCACGUUACCGUUAACGGUCAUGUCGUCCUUAGGAAUUUUAGCGGCGAUGACAAGGACUCGUCAUCUGAUUUUGAAUCUAGGGUUAGAGAAUUCUUGAUUUGGGUCGAUGUUGGAGAGGUUGUUAUUAGGUUUGUUCCUAGUAAAGAUUCGAACUUUGCAUUCGUUAAUGCCAUUGAAGUUAUAUCUGCGCCUAAAGAUUUGAUUGGUGACGCUGCAACCUCUGUAUCUCAUGAUGGAACUGAGAAAUUCAAUGGUUUAGCUAAACAAGCGAUGGAAGUUGUGUACAGAAUCAAUGUUGGUGGUAGAAAAGUUACUCCUUUUAAUGACACAUUGUGGAGGACUUGGGUUCCUGAUGAUGAAUUCUUGAAAACUGGUGAUGGGUCGUCUGAGAAAACUUACUUCACCGGGAGGAUUAAGUAUAGGUCUGGAGGGGCGAGUCGCGAAGUUGGUCCUGAUAACGUUUACAACACUGCUCGUGUUGGUAAAAGAAGCAAUGGAUUGGUCGAUAUGAGUUGGGAUUUCAAGGUGAGUGCGGGUUACAAGUAUCUCAUCCGGAUGCAUUUCUGUGACAUAGCUAGCAAAUCACUCGGCAGGCUAUACUUUAACAUUUACAUUAACGGGAAUUUGGCGUACCAAGAUUUCGAUAUCUCAUAUGCUGCGGAUGAUGUCCUUGCUUCUCCGUAUUACAUUGAUUUCGUGGUGGAUGCUACUGCUGAUGACAACAACAGCCCUUCUGGAUCAUCGAUAACCGUAAGUGUUGGACCAUCAAACAAGACUAAUGUUGAUGAACACGGAGUUGAUGCGAUAUUGAACGGUGUUGAGAUCAUGAAGAUGAAUAACUCGAUGGGUAGUCUUGAUGGGUAUGUUUCGACAGAAAUGAUUCUGAGUACUUGCCCGAAUAGAAGAAAUCUGAGCAUCUUUAUCGCAAUGUUGGCGUUUAUGUGUAUAUUUAUGAGCUUCUACAUUGUGACUCAAAGAAAGAAAGUUAAGGAUCAAUAUGGCUGGACAAAGCUGUCCAUGGACAUCCUUGAAGAUAAUCCCAAGUCCGGGAAUCAAUUUGCAGCAAGAAAGGCUUGAAGAUGCUUUUGCUUGUUGAAUAUAUUAACAAUCUACUU